GGAAAUAUGCAUGUGCAGGUCUGGUCCAAAUUUACUUUUGAUUUAUAGGGCUCUCUCUGUUAUGCCACCUUUUGGGAUCCUAUGGUGUACUCACACAGGAACACCACAUUAUUGAUUCAUGGGAGAUAUUUUUAUGUAAUCAAAUGUGACAUUAUAUUUUGAUCAUUCUACUGGUUGUAUAUGAUAAGUGAAUGUUUGGUUAGAAAUGUGUGCCGUGGCUUAUACUUUUUUCCCCUUUUGUUGCAGGUUAUAACUGUUUCUUCUGUGGCGUCUGUGUGGAAACUGCCACACACACUCCAGAACAACAACGGCUUUUGCUUGUAUUUUCCAGUGUUUCUUUUGUCAGCAAGUUCAGCAGAGUUGUAAUUCUUCAAGUGCCAGCCCUGAUCAGAGUGAGGAACCAGCAACAGAGAUGGUAAAAAUGACAAAAUCCAAAACGUUCCAGGCUUACCUGCCAAAUUGUCACAGAACCUACAGCUGUAUCCACUGCAGAGCUCAUCUGGCCAAUCAUGAUGAACUAAUUUCCAAGUCCUUUCAGGGAAGCCAGGGACGAGCCUACCUCUUUAAUUCAGUGGUGAACGUGGGCUGUGGUCCUGCUGAAGAGAGAGUUCUUCUGACAGGCUUGCAUGCAGUAGCAGAUAUUUAUUGUGAAAACUGCAAAACCACUCUUGGAUGGAAAUAUGAACAUGCCUUUGAGACCAGUCAGAAAUACAAAGAAGGAAAAUUCAUCAUUGAACUUGCCCACAUGAUCAAAGACAAUGGCUGGGAGUAAACUGGAACACUACUCUUUCUUUAAGGACAAUUAAUCUGUGGAACAUGCUUUAUAAAAGACUAAUGCAAAAAGGAUUAUGGUUGGGUUGGUUGAGAAAAUCACUGCAUUUUUGAAACCUCCAAACUAAUGUAAUUUUGUGGCUCCCCCCCCCCGAGGCCAUCUUUGCCUUUUUCUCUUUCUGUGAGUUCCCUUCUUUUGGUAUAUAUAUAUUUCUGUGUGAACAGUUGUUUUGAAUGAUUUUUUUCCCUUAAAGUUCUUGAAGGCUAAUUUCCUAAUUGCAAAUUACGUUAAUAGUAGGCUCCCUCUGGACCAAUGCCUUUAAAUCCUCCCUUUUAUUGCGCAUGCUCUUGCCUGUCACUUGCCCUGCGUGAACAGUCCUGCAGAGAAAGUAUGGGAUUGGUGUGAUAUUUUUUUUUUUUAACUUUCCUCCCAUACAUAGCAAUUUCUGUGGUCUCUUUGCAGUGAAAAGGACACAGUAUUGUAGUAAUCAUUAUUACUUCUAUUUAAAAGUGUGCAUUGCAACCUGUGUACAUCUUUUGCCCAGGUUGGUUAACUGUCCAGUCAGUUGUACUGACUGAAGUAACUUUCACUUUUAUACAUUAAAAAAGCAGAGAGAGAGGGAGGGUUUUUUAUGAUUUAUAAGGAUAACAAGACAGUUAUACUGUAGAAUAGAUGGUCUAAAACAAUACAUUCCUAAGAAAGUUUAGACUUUGAUCUUGCAAAGAGAAUGUCUAGCAAAGUCUUCAAGAUAAAAAGGACACAAAAUAUGCAGUUCUUAUUUUUAAUAAGUCAGUGUGAAAAGUUUUUGGUACUGUACCUUUAACAGGGACAUGUACACCCAUUGAGAUGAUAUGGCUGGUUCCAUGUAGCUCUGUAGUUUUAAUGCACUGGACAAAGAGGUUGAUAUCAGUGAAGUGGUCUGCUGUAGCAGAACUUAAACACACAGAAUUAUUUUUUUCUGUUAAAAUGUGGCCAGAGCCUAUAGCUGCUGCUACCCUACCUGUGGGAAGUUGAUGAGCAGGUAAGAAGGUGGCAAAUUGGCUUAAUUCCUUCAUGACAAAUUGAGAGAGGGGGAGAGAAAAAGUAGCAAGAUAGUUUUUUAAAGGGGUGUUUGAUUUGCUGGUUAAAUCAUCCCUAAGCACAUUUUUGUAAUAAACAGAUAUG